AAAAAAAAAAAAGAAAGGAGUUUCAAAACUUAUUUUACAGAAAUGCUACUGAGCGUGUUCAUUAUGAUGACUACUGCUUUGCAACCAAGUAAAAGUAAAUGAAUGAAAAUGUGGACUCAAUUCUACUAAAAUCCUCCCGAAAAUUUGAGCUCUGAGUACUCACCACUCAUUGAACCCUUUCUCGCUGACGAGAUGCCUGAAAUCAAUCCGGUUAUGGCAGUUACCAUAUUCGCGUGCUUCUUCCACCAUAGGAUUCACCCCUAUUGGGCUACACGGUGCAUGAUAGCCGUGUUAGCUGAAGUAAACCAUUUUAAACGACUUUGUUUACAUACAGGAAGUUGAAGUAUCGAGAAUGAGAAAUGUAAGAGGCAAAAAAAAAAAAAAAAUCUUUAGAAGAUCCUGUUCAUCGCUCCAGCAUCUCUUAUACCAUAAUAAUAAUUGAAUAUGCCAGAUUUGUAUGAGGUAUUGCAAGUGGAAAGCAAGGCUUCAAGCUCCGAGAUCAAGAAGGCUUACAGAAAGUUAGCAUUGAAGUAUCAUCCUGACAAAGUAUCAGAGGAAGACAGAGAAGAGGCCGAAAUCAAGUUUAAAGAAAUAUCCAGUGCAUACGAAGUAUUAAUAGAUGAAGGCAGAAGAGAGGAAUACGACCUCUAUGGAACCACAGAUGGGUCGGGAGGCGUGCCUAAUUUCUCUGGUGAUCCAUUUGAAGCAUUUAAUAGUGGCCAGGAAUAUGGCGCUGAAGAUUUUUUCAACUUUUUUGAUGGUUUUGGAGGCCAACCUCAAGGUGCUCCUAAAGUCAAUCGUACCGAGGAUGCCCAACUUGAUGUGAAAAUCACUUUAGAGGAUUUGUACAAUGGGAAGACCAUAAAAAUUACAUCUACCAGAAACAUCAUUUGUACUCAUUGUCAAGGAACUGGGGCUAAAAAGAAGGCAGUUCAUAAAAAAUGUGGACGAUGUGAUGGUGAAGGUACCGUUAGAAAGAUCCGUAGGGUUGGUCCAGGUUUAGUUACACAAGAUUUCACUGAUUGUACAUCUUGUAAAGGAACUGGUAAGAUUUAUCGUACUAAAGAUAAAUGUAAAACUUGUGAAGGUGAUAAGACAAUUGAAGAAACUAAAAUCCUUGAAUUUGAGAUAUUAAAAGGGUCACCAAGUACUGAUACUAUAGUAUUAGAGCAUGAAUCUGAUGAAUAUCCUGGUAAAGAAACCGGUGAUGUCAGAUUAACAUAUGAUUGUCAAGAACAUGCAGUUUUCGAAAGAAAAGGUGAUGACUUAUAUACUAAAUAUAAGAUCCCAUUAGCUGAUGCAUUAUGUGGGUUUACUAAAAAUAUGGUUAAACAUUUAGAUGGAAGAGUGAUAAGUGUUCCAAUUCCAAAAGGUAAAGUUAUUAGACCUGGUGAUUAUAUUAAAUUGAAAAAUGAAGGUAUGCCAAUUAAAAAUCAAUCUAAAAGUUGGUUUGGAUCAUCAAAUAAAAAUGGUGACUUAUAUAUUGAAAUGGAAAUUGAAUUUCCUCAAGAUAAUUGGUUUUUAGAAAAAAAUGAUAUUUUUAAGGUUAAGAAUUUAUUUCCAAAUGAGUUAUUAAAUAAAAAUGAUAUAAAUAAACAAAGAAUUGAUGAGAAUAGUUCUUCAGAGGCUAAUAUUGAUAUGGUUACUGAUUUUUCAAUUGUUCAAGAAAAAAAUUUACCUGAAUACCAAAGUAAUGAUGAUAAUGAUGAUGAUGAUGCUUAUAGAUACGGUAAGGAUACCGGCGCAGGUCCUCAAGCGGAAUGCACAACUCAAUAAACUUGUAAAUAUAUUUUUCUUUCAUUUUUAAAAUCGACGUAGAUCUUACAUAAGUAAAUAAAAUAAAUAUUGU